AUGGCAAUCUCACAGGACACCGUGACGGAUUACUAUGAUUCUCCUUACCUGGCUGAGAAUUAUGAACUCCAGGAGACUUAUCCUGGAGCAUCUCGCGAUGUUGAUGUUCACUGGAAAACUAUCUCGCAAAUUCGGAAGCUCAAGAUUGCCAACAACGAGCCGGAAUCGGUGGUAGUCCUUGAUGUGGGCAGCGGCACGGGUCGUAUUCUCGAGGGAUUAGAUCGCCUCGCGACUAAAUCUCCCGGAUCUCUCACAGAGAGCACAUUUAUCGGACUCGAUCAAUCCCAGCAUAUGGUCGACUUCGCGAAGCAGAAAAACACCUGCCUCACCCAGUUUCGCAAGGUCUCAUGGAUUUGUGACCAAGCAACGGACCUUGCUCAGGCCCUAGCUACGUCUGAGGGCAAGGAUGCCAAAGUGGAUCUUCUGGUCAUCGCGAUCGGCACCAUUUCACACUUCACCAAGCCCGGAGAAGCGCAACAGGUUUUCAACCAUGUUGCAUCGGUUCUCCGGCCCCAUACUGGGAGAGCCUGCAUUUCGGCUCUCUUCAUGGACGACUGGUCGACUUGGGACGAGGCCGAGCAUGAAGGCAUGUCAGCGGAAGUGAAAGAUUAUCCAAGCAAGAUUUUCCCAGAGACAAUUUAUCGAAAUUCUAUCUCAGGAUAUGAAGAGGAUGGCAAACUUAAUACCACGAAAUGCAAGGUUGAGGUUAUUCAAAAGAGUCCAGAUGGUGAAGAGAAGGUGAUCCAAACAAUGAGCACCCUGUUCAAACUUCGUACCUGGACUGAAGAGGAGUUUUUGUCGGACAUUAAAGCUGCCGGGUUGAAUGUACUGGAUAAGGAUACGAACGGGAUGGAUACUAUUUUUAUACUCGGAACCAGCUGA